UGCUGGCAAACGGGGAUGCCUGGGGGCCGCACCUGCCGUUGGAAGGAGCCUCCCUUUGGCAAUCUGUCUGCCGGGCGGGAGUCAGGUGACACUCCUGACUUAGUCCGGUUAAUUAUCUUGAGAACCGGAAUUUCACCUCCCAACUCCUGCGAAAUUCCAGUCCAGGCUGGGGGCCCGUCGGUCUUCCAAGAACUGGCCUCUCUCUGCUGGGGUUUUGCGUUAAAGGGAGAUUUGAAAUCGCAUUUUCAGCUCUUCAGGAUCCGAGAAGACCCGCCAGUGCCCCAGGUCGGCGAGCAGAGGGCCCUGGACGCCGGUCGGAUGCAGAUGCCGCCGGGGAACCCGCUGCUGCUGUCUCUCACGCUGCAGGAGCUGCUGGCCAGGGACGUGGUGCAGGUGGAGCUCAUCCCCGAGAAGAAGGGCCUCUUCCUGAAGCACGUGGAGUAUGAGGUCUCCAGCCAGCGCUUCCAGUCGUCCGUGUAUCGGCGGUACAACGACUUCGUGGUCUUCCACGAGAUGCUGCUGCAGAAGUUCCCGUACCGCAUGGUGCCGGCCCUCCCGCCCAAGAGGAUGCUGGGAGGUUUAAAUCUCCUCACUGCACAGUCAGCAUACGCAGAGGCCGACAGGGAGUUCAUCGAGGCCCGGCGGAGAGCGCUGAAACGCUUCAUCAACCUGGUGGCCCGGCACCCCCCCUUCUCCGAGGACGUCGUCCUCAAGCUGUUCCUGUCCUUCACCGGCCCCGAUGUGCAGAACAAGCUGAAGGAGUCCGCCCAGUAUGUGGGAGACGAGUUCGUGAAUUGUAAGCUGGCCGCUCGGGCCAAGGACUUCCUCCCGGCAGACAUCCAGGCUCAGUUCGCCAUCAGCCGGGAGCUGAUCCGCAAUGUCUACAACAGCUUUUACAAGCUUCGUGACCGGGCCGAGCGCAUGGUGUCGCGGGCCAUCGACAGCGCUGCCGACCUCCUCGUGUUCGGGAAGGAGCUGAGCACUUUAGGGUCUGACACGACGCCGCUCCCCUCCUGGGCCGCUCUGAGCAGCAGCACGUGGGGGUCCCUCAAGCAGGCGCUGAGAGGCCUGUCCGUUGAAUUUGCACUGCUCGCCGACAAGGCUGCGCAGCAGGGCAAACAGGAAGAGAACGAUGUGGUGGAGAAACUGAACCUCUUCCUGGAUCUGCUUCAGUCCUAUAAAGACCUGUGUGAGCGGCACGAGAAGGGCGUGCUGCACAAGCACCAGCGGGCGCUGCACAAGUACAGCCUGAUGAAGCGGCAGGUGAUGAGCGCUGCUGCGCACAACCGCGAGCCCGAGUCGGUGGAGCAGCUGGAGUCUCGCAUCGUGGAGCAGGAGAGCGUGAUCCAGACGAUGGAGCUUCGGAACUACUUCUCCCUGUACUGCCUGCACCAGGAGACGCAGCUGGUGCACGUCUACCUGCCCCUCACCUCCCACAUCCUCGGGGCCUUCGUCAACUCCCAGAUCCAAGGGCACAAGGAGAUGAGCAAGGUGUGGAACGACCUGCAGCCCAAGCUGCGCUGCCUCUUCGCUGGCCCGCACGGCUCCCCGCCCCCGCAGGACGGCCUGCCUCCGCACUAGCGCCGGGGGACUCGGCGGCAGCUCCGGCGCCCUUACUAAAACUUCUUUCCAAACGGUGUGUCCCUGUCUAAUUCCCUUUGGCUGCCCCACCGCCAGCAGGCCCGGGGUUGGCCGAAGACCCCUUGGAAGAGCUGCUGCCCCUCGUGGGGAGCAGGGCCGAGGACACGCCCACGGAAGCCGGGGCCCACGAUGUCUGUGUGGUCGCCCCGACCACGCCCGUCCCUCCCGACACCCUGCCGUGGUCUGUUAGUCUGGGGUGCCAGCCCCGUAGAGCCUCUGGAGUGGUUUUGUCCUGAUUCCAAGAGGACAAGGUGGCCGGUGGGGUUCACACGGCAGAUGGUGCCUGGGGGUAUGGGCAGCGGAACUCCCUGGGCCAGAAUAGUCCACGGACAUCUGGAAUAGCUGAGCGGGGAGAGGGAGGCUGAAACUCCACGGCGGGGCAGGACUGUCCUUGAGGCUGGCCUGCUGUGUGGGACAAGGAGGUGGCCACAUCUCUGACACGCAGUUGGUCAGCGAGACCUUUGACUCCAGCCCACGGACAGCCUUGGGGGGCCAGAGUGGGAAUGAGCCCUCAGGGGAGUGGGUGGGGGAGGUGGGGGCCUGAGGGUCGUUCCAGGGACCAGCCCCGCUAAGUGCCCUGGUGCGGGACUAACCUCCAGGCAGCGUCCGUGCACCCCCCCACCCCGACCCGCGCACGCUCACGCUCUGUGCCCCUGCGCUGCGCGGGCUGGUCCGAGGCGUGGAAGACGAAGGCGAGACCCAGGGAUCUGGAGGUUUGUGAGCCGCUGCUUCCGAGCUGGCUCUGUCUGUCUGUGCAGCCCCCUCCUUUGGAGCUUUGAGGCUGGUGGGGCACUGGGGGUGUCGUCCAGCUGGCGCCCUGGAGGACGGAUCGGUGUUGCUUUUAACCCUCUCUUAAAUUGGCUUCACUCCUUUUUGGCAACUCAGACCCUCUUCCGAGGCCCCCCUCCCAUCCUCCCAGGGUGCCGUGGGGCUGGCCAUCCGGAGCUGCGGGGUUAGUGUCUGCCUUGGGCUUGCGUGUUUUCUGCUCUGAAUCCGAGUUGUAUAAGAGGGGCCCGGGGCCAGACGGCCCCUCCGCCCCUCGCUGUUCUCUUUGGCUUGGGACAGAGGUUGGAGGAGCUUGACUGCAUGUAGAUUUCUGAGAUCCCUGCCCUCCGGGAAUACGUGCCUGAUUCUGGGGCUUUGCUGUUGGUCACGCAGGACCCAGGGGCUCUGGCGACAGAGAGGCUUCUCUGAUGAGCUAACACAUGUCACAGGGAAAGCGGGUGUCUUUUGGGCCCAGCCGGACAGCUGUGUCCAGCUAGGGCAUGGCCCACCCCUCACGUGGGGUCUGCCUGUGCCAGCUUCGCAGCCACGCGGGUGCAGGGAGGCCAGCUGCACCCCCGCGGCGCCGGGGCCCCCGACAGCCAACAUGUGCCUUCCUGUGCCGGGCUGGCUAGGCUCCUGGCCGCGUCCCCCAGAGCCUGAGGAGCAGGGAUCCUUGUCCCUUUGUGGGCAUCUUCUGCCACUUCUUUCUCCAUAGAAAUGGGCUCUCACCCACUUGGAGUGGCUCUGUGCUGCCCCGCGGCGCUGGUCCCCUCGCCUGGACCAUAAAGAGUGACCCCAGGGGCUCUGCUGUCCCUGCCCUGCGGCCGGUGCGGUUCACCUGGGGGCCUGGCCGGGGCGGUGAGGGACACAAGCUGUCCCUGCCCUGCGGCCGGUGCGGUUCACCUGGGGGCCUGGCCAGGGGCGGUGAGGGACACAAGGCCACAGGACAGCAGAGUCGGGGGAGCCACAUGGUGGGCAGGGGGCGGGAGCAUGGAAGGUGGGGGAGCAUCUCCCAGGGCAGGUUAAGCCGUGUCCUCCCUCCCCACAUGGGUUGCCGGGGAGAGCUCUGGCCCAGAGACUUCAGACGCACUUUUCUGGAGAGAACAGCACCCUGGGGCUGGCUCCCGGCAGCAUCUGCCUGCGGUGGAAACUAGGAGCAAGUUCUUGGCUGGAGCCCUAGUGGUCUUUUCCCCCAGAGGCUUAUCUGGGGGCGCUUUCUAGUCCCCUCCGCCUCCCCGGGCACUGGAGAAAGGGCAGCGGGAAGAUGCCAGAGUGAUGUAGGCAAGGCCGUGUCCCCCCCAUUUGGCACUUUUUCUGCAUAGCUCCCCUCUGCCUGAACCUGGGCUGCCAUAGAUUGUCAGGCUCGGGGGCUGGUGUUUUCUGCUCAGUGUCUGCUGGGGGAGGAGAAGAGGCUGCUCCCAGCUUCGAGGUGAGGCCCUGGGAUGGCAGGGGCCGGAGGUCACGCACUCCUGUGUCCUUCCCGCUGGCUGGGGAGGGCCGACGUGCUGCAGCCCCAUGAAGGGACAUCCAGUCGCGUUACCCUGCUGGGAGCCCUUCAUGCUGCUCUGAGGAUCCCGCUCCCCUGUCCGAGGAGGCUGAGAGACUCCCUGCUGCCUCAACCUGGCCCGCGGCCUGGCCUGCGGGAGUGUGCCUUCGGGUCCGACUGGGUCGACCUCGCUGCAGGAAGGGCGGGCGCGGCGGAGGGAGGUGGAGGUGGGGACAGGAGCUGGGCUGUCGGGAGGUUCCCCUUGCUUGGCUGAGUCGUGUAUGUACGAAGCACUUUACGAGGCUGCAGGAACUAGUCACCGCCACACCCAGGAAACAUUGUUUACAAACCAUCCACAUUCCGAGAUUUUUAUCAAUGAACUUACGUGAGCGACUAUUAUUAAACAUAUUUAUAAAAGUUG